UAAAAUAUAUUUUAGUAAAAUUUCAAUAAUUUUAAAAUAUAUUAAAAACACGAUUCUUUAAGUGUUUUAAGUAGAAUAGAUACCAAAAAGGCGAUAAACGUAUAAAAUAUUUUAUAUAAAUAAUUUUACAAUGCAGCGUAAUAUUUACAAUAAUUUUUAAUAUGUAGCUAAUUAAUUUUCGGCUUAUUACCAAACAUAAUAAAAUUUGUGAUGCAAAAUUCUCUUCGUGUAUACACAAAAGACAACGAGUAUGUUUACUUUCCUAUAGCAAAAAUUUUUUAAAAAUUUGUUUAUCCAUCUUAAUUCUUUCGUUAAUCUAUCCACUUAAAAAAAUCGUUUAUAUUAAUUUUUAAACGAGAUUUAAAUUGGGACGCACGCGAUGUGUGUUGAUAAAAAUUCGUGUUAACUUAAGAACGUUUCUUCGGGGAUCGUUUCGCGAUAUUUGGCAAUUUGCAACACCUAAACGUGUCGGCAAGAGAAAAUGCGAGAGGUGGCAUGACGUGGCAGAGAGACGUGUGAUUAGGUGGAGAUUAGUACAACAAGCGCCAGAGUUCCAUUAGAAAAAUUUCCUACCAACCAUUGGAUGUGUACGUAUUGAAUCAGUUUCUUUUCUAAAAAUCCAAGUUUAGCAGCCAAUAAGACGUAAGACACGAUUCUCGUGUGCCGUACGUAAAAUAGUAAUAUUAAACCAUUAUAGGCUGUAAGUUCUCUUUCGUAGAAAGCAAAAAACAUAUGAACAUUAUUCAAACUUAAAAGAUGUGUGCUGAUUAUAGCUUCAUUGCCGUCGCAUUCUCGUGUCAGGCGGAGAAACUGUUGCCACCCUCGCAUGGACCUGGGAGAAUGCCCCCAGAUUCACGACUUGGCCCUACGGGCUGACUACGAGGCCGCGCAAAAGAAGAGGGAUCACUUUUACGACAUUGAUGCAAUGGAACAUCUUCAAAACUUCAUCGCCGACUGUGAUCGCCGUACGGAACAGGCGAAGCAGCGACUGGCGGAGACGCAGGAGGAGCUGAGCGCGGAAGUGGCGGCGAAGGCGAACAACGUCCACGUGCUCGCCGAGGAGAUCGGUAAGAAAUUAGCAAAGGCCGAACAGUUAGGCGAGGAAGGCUUUGUCGAGGAAUCGAUGAAGCUGAUGGGCGAGAUCGACGAGUUGCGUAAAAAGAAGAACGAGGCGGAGCAAGAGUAUCGAAACAGCAUGCCGGCCUCGAGCUACCAGCAGCAAAAGCUGAGAGUGUGCGAGGUGUGCAGCGCCUAUCUUGGCAUUCACGAUAACGAUAGACGGCUGGCCGAUCACUUCGGCGGAAAGUUGCAUCUCGGCUUUAUCAAGAUCCGCGAAAAGCUCGCCGAGCUGCAGAAGACCGUCGAGGAGAGGCGCAAGGAGAAGCGCGAGUCCAUCGACAGGAGACGGGACAGAGACAGGGAGGACCGUGACAAGGACCGUGAUAGGGAUCGGAACCGCGGAUUGGGCUUCAGAGACCGCGACAGAGACCGCGAGCGUGACCGUGACCGCGACCGUGAGCGCGACCGUGACCGUGAUCGCGAGCGCGAUCGGGAUCGCGAGCGCGAUCGGGAUCGUGAUCGCGAGCGUGAUCGCGAUCGGGAGCGCAGGGACAGGGACAGGAGAAAGUCACGAUCACGUAGUCGCAGUCGUGGAAAAAGAUCAAAACGUUCUCGCAGUGGUAGCCACAGCCGUCGAUCUCGUUCUCGUCGCAGUGGAUCUAAUGAUCGUAAGAGAUAAGAGACAGUAUAAAAGUUAUGCUCAAUCAUUUAUUUUCUGUCCUAUACGCGCAUUUUUUCUACAUAUAAUGUGUGGGAACAUUUUAUAUGUACGAAACUUUGCGCUGGGUCGUCUAUAGCAAAUGUGAUGUUCUGUAUUGACGUCAAACUUUGUACAUUACUCGUCACACCUAAUUGAUAUUGAUACUAUUUAUGCUGAAUCUACUCUUAUCUUAAACUUUAUUUAGAUACUAAUCUAUGUAUCAUCUCUAUAUUUUGGCUUUUAAAAUAGUUUUAAUCCAUUGUAAAUAAGAAUAUAGCUUAAGUAUGAUUCGUAUUGGCAGUUGUUAUAUGUUUAUCAUAAUACUUGAGCAUAUGUAAUAAUAGUGAUGAUAUAAAUAA